CCAUCUCUCCCGCAUACGCAUCAGUCCAGCAACUCCUCAACGCCAACAUGGAGGACCGGCCCGAUUAUGAAAAGCUCUUUCUUGAAGAACGACGCAGACGCGAGGCUGCAGAGAGCGCGCGCGAGGAAGAACGACGCGUACGCGAGGCUGCAGAGAGCGCGCAGCAGGCUGCAGAGAGCGCGCGCGAGGAAGAACGACGCGGACGCGAGGCUGCAGAGAGCGCGCAGCAGGCUGCAGAGAGCGCGCGCGAGGAAGAACGACGCGGACGCGAGGCUGCAGAGAGCGCGCAGCAGGCUGCAGAGAGCGCGCAGCAGGCUGCAGAGCGGAAACUUCGCAAGACAACUCUCCCCGAGUUCCUCAACGCAUGCCACAAACACCUCCAUUUAGGGCUCACCGUCCAGGCCAACUCGAAGUUAUCGACGCAAGGCAACCCCGCGAACGCAAAUAAUAAGACUCGACCCGAACGGAUCCUUGAAUGGGAAGAUUUCUCAGUACAACAGGAAGCGAUAUGGAAUGUUCUUAUGGAUUCCGAUUUUGUUUCGGGGCGGCACUUUACCUCGAAGCAUACCGUGAAAGAGUCUGGCGAAGAGAUCCGGGAAAGGCGGAUGGGUUCUGAGCAGGAUCUGCACGUCUUCCUGCGUACCACUUGCGAGAACCAAGUAUCGGCCAUCAUCAAACAACUAUACGGCGACAGUGCAUUACGACAGAAAUUCGGACUCAAGGGUUCUGUCAAGUUUGAGAAUCAUGCCAACACGCUCAGCCCGGAAUUGCAACUGGAGGAAGGCAUGGAACAAAUGACGGUGUCAGGGACUCGGCUAGAGGCUAAGGCCAAGGGAGUCCAGUCGUCCGACUCGAUGGACGCCACGGAACCAGCAGCCGCAGGUCGCGCAGGGACGUCACUGUACCUCCCUCGUGCCGAUCAGUUCUGCGUCUAUAACACCAGCACUCGCGAGACCGAGACCAGCACUCGCGAGACCGAGACCAGCACUCGCGAGACCGAGACCAGCACUCGCGAGCCCGAGACCAGCACUCGCGAGCCCGAGAGUCACAUUGCGGCCUUCAUCAUGGAAUACAAGGCACCGCACAAGUUGAAGCUCGGUUAUAUCUAUGAGGGCCUGGGGGAAAUGGAACUCAAAGACGUGAUUCCGCGUCGCGAAACUGAGUCUUCGAAGGACCGCUUUCGCCGACUGGUCGCUGCCGUUAUCACACAGGCGUUUUCGUACAUGGUUGCGAUUGGGGUCGAGUAUGGUUGCGUGUGCACCGGCGAGGCAUCUAUCUUCCUACGGGUGCCGGAUGACCCCAAGACAGUUUACUACUACUUGUCUGUCCCUAAGGGCGACGUCGGGAAAACUACGGGAUGGACACCAAACUCUCAAGAGCCGAAUCGCCUACACCUGACCGCCAUGGGGCAGAUGCUAGCUUUCACCCUGCAGGCGCUGAAGGUGCCGCAACGCAGCCUCGAGUGGCGGGCCGAGGCCGCCGCUCAACUAAACACCUGGACGGUCAUGUACGAAGACCUGCUGCAUAAAAUCCCUCCACGAGACGCACCGUCAUCCGAGUACCGACCGCCUCGGGACGACCGUUUACUUCGCAUAUCUCCUAUCCGUCUCCGACCAAGACCGGUUCAAACCGGCUCUCCCAGCUGCCGGGAAACACCGGACCAACAUGAAGACAGUAGUGACGAGGAGCCUGAUCCGGACACUCCGAGCCGACAGCCAUCCUUGCCCCAGCCUAUGGCUCGCACCCAUGCGCCCACCGGCAGCUCCUCGCCCAGCCGUAGUUCCCAGGGAGGAUCGCAGAGUGGACAGUAUUGCACUCAAAAGUGCGUGCUUGGGUUAGUUGAAGGGGGUCCGCUCGAUACGUCCUGUCCGAAUGUGCGAGAUCAUGGUGACAGCCGUCAUCGAAUUAAUCUACGUACCUUCCUUGCUCUCAUUCGCGGGCAACUCGCGGAGGAUCUGGAUAUCGACUGCAAGCCUGUGGGCCGUCCUGGGUCAUGUGGUGUCCAUUUCUGGGUCAGGCUGAAGUCACAUGGAUACGUCGUAGCUGCCAAAGCCACCCCUGUCUACUUCGCCCAACGCCUCAAACGAGAAGCUACUAUCUAUCGACGCCUACGUCGACUCCAGGGCAUCCACGUACCAGUUUAUUUGGGCGACAUAGCCCUAGCGAGACCCUAUUUAUACGAGGGCAUUGUUUGGCUCACCCACAUGAUGUUCCUCAGUUUCGGGGGGAGGCGGAUCUCUCAGCAUCUCACCGCUGAGAAUUGGGCAGAGGUUAAUCAGCUGGUCGACUUGUCCGCGCAAGCCAUUCACAAGCUUGGGGUCUUGCAUAACGACCUUGAACCCCGCAAUAUACUGUGGAAUAAGGAGACUAAACACGCUAUGGUGAUUGAUUUCGAGAGGGCGGAGGUUGUCAAGCGGCGAACCGUACUCGAUGUACCCUCACCAAACGGGGGGGGGAAGAGAGGUUCUGAGGCAAGCAUGGCUGAGCAGGAAGAGGAUGAUGUGUUUGCGAUGGAAAGACGGGGAGCAGCUAUUGAAUUGGAGGGGUUGGCCGUAUUUUAACGGUCGUAUCUCCGGAACUAGGAACCCCGUGGUGCUGCUGUAUUGGUACGAGGGUAUAUUAUCUCUCCACGCCGCCGUCCGCUUUAGGUAGUGUUGGCACUGAGUACGAAUUCUAGUCCUAGAGCGGCGUAGCUACGCAUGUCAGGGAAAGGCGUAAGGGCCGGGAUGUAGAAAAUAACAUGGUAUCUCUCCGAGUCGAUGUAGAGUGCAC